CACGAUUAAGUGAUUAACUCAUACUCUCUAGACUCCAGUCCCUAAUGUAAACAAAACCAUGAACUACAUCAAAAUUGCAUAAACCUCAGCUCUCACUUCCCCUAAAACCCUUCAUUCUCUAACUCUCAACUCUCCUCCUCCUCCUCUAAUGGCGCUCAACGCCAUUCGUCUCCGCCGAGCACUUUCUCUGUCCUCCACCUUCCUUCCAAACCCCCUUUCCUCCUCUUCUACACCCUCUUCCACCUCCCCUUCAUUCUCCCGUCGUUUCUUCCACUCUACCCACUUCUGUCUCUCUUCCGCGAGGUCGUUCAACGAUGCUGAAAUGAUCGAUCCCGAUACCAUUCUGUUCGAGGGCUGUGAUUAUAAACACUGGCUUAUUGUUAUGGACUUUGGAAAGGAUCCUCAACAACGACCUUCUCCUGAAGAAAUGGUUGAAACUUAUGUUCAAACUUUGGCUAAAGUUGUAGGAAGUGUUGAAGAGGCAAAGAAGAGAAUGUAUGCAUGUAGCACCACUACUUACACUGGUUUUCAAGCUGAGAUGGAUGAGGAGACAUCACAGAAAUUUGAGGGUAUGCCUGGAGUUAUUUUCGUAUUGCCAGAUUCAUACAUAGACCCAGUGAACAAGGAAUAUGGAGGAGAUAAGUACAUUAAUGGAACCAUCAUACCAAGACCACCUCCAGUUCAGUAUGGUAGAGUAAAGAGACAUAGACCAAAUGAACAAAGGCCAAUGAAUAAUCCAAUGCCUGGAGAAGGGAGAGGCUAUAUGCCACAGGGUGGUAAUCUAGAGCGCCAAAACACUCCUCGUCAGGGAGGGAUGGGCUACCCGCCAAAUAGGACAAAUUAUCCUGAGCAAGGAAGGGAUGGUUAUCAAGGUGGUGGAAACACUUACAUGCCUCCUCGUCAGGGAGGCAGAAACACUUAUGUGCCUCCUCAGCAGGGUGGUGGAAACACUUAUGUGCCUCCUCAGCAGGGAAACUACAACCAUAGCUAUACCCAUCAGCAUCAGACGCAAAAUUUUCCCAGUGACCAUGGUACUCCUGUCCCACAUGGACAAAGCAGCAAUUACCCAGGAGAACAUGGCUAUAACCAUCCCCAAGGACAGAUGAGGAACUACCCUAGUAACCAUGGGGGCUACACACCCCAAGGACAAAUGGAAUAUCCUAAUGAUGGUAGGAACUACGCUCCCCCGCCUCCAGCAAGAGGAGCUGAUGGGCAAAAUGGGGUUGGAUCUUUUGAACAAAGUGAGGCUGGACGAUAUGGUCAAGGACUCAGUGGUACUUCUUCUCAGGGAGCAAGUAUAAGAUAUGGUCUGGAAUAUGCAUCUCAAGCAGAAAACCAAAGAUUUUCACAGACGCCAGAUGAACAGAACUCUAGGAACUAUUCACCUGCAAUGCAAACUGGAAUUAAUCAAAUUUUGAACGGAUAAUCAACACCAUAGCAGCCUGUGAAGCUUUUUGAAGUUGAGAAACUGCAUCGGAUAGGAUUUGAUGAACAGGAUUUCAGUUUGUGUCAGUAAUGAGUUAACAAAAUCUCACUUUAUGGCUUCCUUGAGCUAUUAUGCAAAAGUUAUGUACAAGGCACUAUGAAUUAUUCACCUUUGAAGCUAUAUAGUUUACAAGUAUUAUGACUUGCAUCUAUAAUAAUUCUGUGUCAACAAAUCUCUUUGUUUCACUUAUUAGUAUAGAGGCUGUUGUUACCCCUGGA